AUAACUUGCAAACAUUCACACAAGUUUCCCUCUCCCUCUCUCUCUCUCCUUUUUUUUCCAUCUUGAUGUAUAAUAUAUAUGUAUAUAUAACCAUACAGUGUCGGUUUUAGAAGUUUUGAUUGCUAUAGAUUAGAAAAUGGACGACCGGGGUAGAUUUGAUCGGACGGCGAUGUUGGUGAUGGUCUCUGUGUUGUUGUUUCUCCAGAAUUUGAGCUUGUGUUGCUCUCUUAACAAUGAAGGUUCAGCGUUGUUCGAGCUCGGGGAGAAGAUUGUUAGAGACCCUUUUGGGGCUUGGUCGAAUUGGAAUAAGGAUAGCGGUGAGAAGAACCCGUGUUCAUGGUUCUGGGUUGACUGCUCAACCGGAAAACUUGUGGCCUUGAGCACUUCUGUAGCUGGAGAUGUAGCUUACAGGAGGCUUUUGCAAGGGACAAGUUCCCCGAGCACACCCAAACCCAUUAAAGAAGAUAAAAAGGAUCUAAUACCACCAUUUAAUCGGCCUACAUCACCAUCAGCUUCAAACGUACCCUCAAAUUUACAAAAUUCCCCAUCACCAUCUCCAUUUGAGUCACCGAUAUCAUCUCCAUCGCCAUCUCCCUUCACUACUAGUCCUUCACCUUCCCCUUCCCCUUCCCCUUCGCCUAGUCCUUCACUAGUUGCUAUGCCUGGACAAAAGAAUGAUAUUCCUAAUUUAUCACAUCCUCCUGAUUUAGCUUCAAAGGAUGCGAAGAAAGACAAUCAUAUCAUGAUGAUUUCAGCUGGAGUUGUUGGUGGCAUCUUGUUUAUUUUAGUUUCAGCUAUUGGCAUUAUUUUCUUCCGAAGCAGCAAAGUUGUUACCGUCAGACCCUGGGCGACUGGGUUAAGUGGGCAGCUGCAGAAAGCGUUCGUAUCAGGUGUCCCAAAACUCAAUCGAUCAGAAAUUGUAGCAGCUUGUGAAGAUUUCAGUAAUAUAAUUGGUACUUUUUCGGGAGGCAUGGUGUAUAAGGGAACUCUGUCUAGUGGGGUUGAAAUAGCUGUAACAUCUAGUGCAGCGAAAUCACGCGAAGACUGGUCAAAAACUUUGGAAGAACAUUUUAGAAAGAAGGUAGAAACACUGUCUAAAGUAAACCACAAGAAUUUUGUCAACCUUAUCGGCUUUUGUGAAGACGAAGAACCAUUCACAAGGAUAAUGGUUUUUGAGUACGCUCCAAAUGGAACACUCUUUGAACAUCUACACAUAAAAGAAGCAGAGCACUUGGACUGGGGAAUGAGACUACGUAUAGCCAUGGGCACAGCAUACUGCCUAGAGCAUAUUCACCAACUGACUCCUCCUAUAGCUCAUAGGGACUUGCAUUCUUCAUCUGUAUACCUAACAGAAGACUAUGCAGCCAAAAUUUCAGAUUUCCGGAUUUGGAAUGAAGUAACUGAAGCAAAGAUCGAACCAGCUGCCAAGGAGCUCUUGGAAAUCCCAUCAUCUGAUCCGGAAAGUAAUGUCUACAGCUUUGGGGUGAUUUUGUUUGAAAUGAUAACAGGUAGGAUUCCAUAUUCUCUGGACAACUGCUCUCUUGCAGACUGGGCAUUGAACUAUCUGAAGGCUGAGCGUUCCUCAAAAGAAAUGGUGGAUCCAACCUUGAAGUCAUUCCAAGAAGACGAACUUGAGAAAUUGUUUCAAGUGAUAAAAGAUUGUGUUAACCCCGACCCGAAAGAGAGACCGACAAUGGUAGAAAUCACAUCAAGGCUAAAGCAGAUCACGGCCAUGGGACCUGAUGGUGCAACGCCAAAAUUAUCACCUCUUUGGUGGGCAGAGCUUGAAAUUAUGUCCUCAGAAGGAAACUGAGAGAUUUUGGUCACAACUAUUAAUUCAUUUUUUCCUACGUUUAUUCUUUUACCUUAUGAUUAUUAUUUUUCUGCAAGUGGCCUUUUUGUUUUUGCAUUAUCUUUUCUGAUUCUGAUUUGGUCAUGUUAACCAUGGUAUGUGUAUAUGAAUGUGACUGCUAAUUAAUGCUUGGUAGUGUAAGUAAAUGUAUAUGUGUACAUAAGUGAGAAAGGUCAAAGGGGAGGGAUUAAGCUUCUUGUUCACGCCCUCAAUCCUGUCCUUUCCGGCUAUUUGACGUUUAAAACUUGCUAUUUUUAAAUGUACUGCUGAGAUAUAAAUAAAUGAGAUAAAUCUGCCAAUGAGUUGGUGUCUGCCUCU